UUGCAUCUGUGCAUCAAUCUCCAUAUCUAAGGUUAAUUUAAUUCUGUAAAUACUGAGUGGUCCGUCUAAGGUGUUUUCGUGGAAAAACACAUGAUUGCGCACUCACACACGUGAUAUUCUGUGUUGAGAGAGUGAGGAGAAAUAUAUGGAAUGAUCAUCAAGCUUCCCCCCACGGCAUCUUGUUUCGGUCCGAGUUGCCCUAUAGCCAAGCAUCCUGCAAGAGAAAAAGACCGCGGCUGGAUCUAUGAGCCCGCAUCUGGAAACAACGUGUGUUUCGCACAAAUACACCGAACGCCGGAAUCACCAUGCCAUCCCCUUUGAUUUGACGAGGUCCUGUUCAAAACAAGAAGAGAAAAGAUGGUGUAUGCCCACUCGACGGACACCACAAAGCCGUCUCUGCAGUCUACUGCCAGCACUACUUCAGUGUUCUUCAACUCCAGUGAGGGGGACAAUGCGACCCCCUGGCCCAGUGUCUCGAGCCUGCCUGACUGCCCCCGACAGGGUUCCCCCACCAUUCCCAGUCCUAAUGGCUCCCUCCCCUCAUACACAUUGUUGCCAGGAGAGGCGGUCCCCCUUGGCCUUGCUCUUGGAGCUGUCUGGCUGGUUUCGGUGUUCGGCAACGCCUUGGUCUGCCUGGUCAUCCACCGUAGCCGCAGGGCCCAGUCUACCACCAACUACUUCGUGGUAUCGGUGUCAUGUGGGGACCUGCUGAUGAGUCUGGGCUGCACCCCAUUCACUCUGCUGCAGGUGGUCUCCGGACAGUGGCCGUUGGGUAGUGGCCUUUGCAAGGUGGUGCGCUACAUCCAGUACUUGACCCCUGGCAUGCAGAGCUAUGUGCUGCUGUCCAUCUGCCUGGACCGCUUCUACACUAUCGUCUACCCGCUCAGCUUCAAGGUGUCCCGGGAGAAAGCCAAGAAGAUGAUACUGGCGUCAUGGACCUUCAACGCAGCACUCGUGUCCCCCUGUUUCUUCUUCUAUGGUUCAUCGAUGCACAGUCACUGUAACUUCUUUCUCCCGGGCAGCUGGGAUGGCAUUCUCUAUGGCGUGGUACACCUGCUCUUUGGUUUCCUGCUGCCUGUUGUCCUCAUACUCCUGUUCUACCAAAAAGUGGUAAAGUACAUCUGGAGGAUUGGUACAGAUGGACGCACAGUGAGGAGGACAAUGAACAUUGUCCCCAGGACUAAGGUCAAGACCAUUAAGAUGUUUCUUUUGCUCAAUGCUGUCUUUCUUGUAACCUGGAUACCGUUCUACAUUGCCCAGCUGUGGCACCCCCGUGAAGAUGGCUCACAGCAGGGCGCGUCUUUCUUCAUGGCCAUCACGUUGGUCUCCUUCAGCUCCUCUGCCUUCAAACCCACGCUGUACUGUGUUUACAAUGCUAACUUCCGGCGGGGCAUGAAGGAGACCUUCUGUAUGUCGUCCAUGAAGUGUUACCGCAGUAAUGCGUACACCAUCACCACAAGCUCCCGGAUGGCCAAGAAGAACUACGUGGGGGUUGUGGAGAUCCCCGCCCUGGCACAGCACAGGUCCGUCACCAAGGAGUCUGUCUACAGCACCUUCGACCGUGAGGCAAAGGAGAAGAAGCUGGCAUGGCCUAUCAACACCAACCCACCCAACACAUUUGUGUGAGUGCAGUCACAGACUCAGAAUAAAGGUUUGCAAGGAUCCUCUAUGCUUGCCAUUGCACUGCUAGAGAUUCUACCCCUGUCCAUUUUCAUUCACAUCUAUACAUUUCUACAGUCUACAGGUAAAAAGGUAAAUAAAACACUGAAUCAGGUUCUGCUGGAAGUUGGCAAGGCACAGCCUAGAUAUUUCUUGAGCUAACAAGCUAUGGGAUUUGGUAUUAGCUUAGCAGGAGUGUUUAUUUUCAGAAGCAAUUCAGGCUGAGUGCUUUGCUCAUGGCCACAUCACCCACUUCCCACAAACUUCAGAACACAAGUCCAGUUUCCUCACCACAAAACCACUUUCUGCUGGGCUGGUAUCUUUGGUCUUCGUCGAUCGUAAUUGAGCUCAUGUUUUUUUUCCCACCCAUGGAUAAUACCAUCUCUAGCUACUUACGGAGGGGGGGGGGCUCACUUUUAUAUUAACAGAGCAGCCACUUGUGUGACCAUGAGCCGUCAUCCCCGCUGUCCGUCUCUCACAGUUGUGUAUCACUGGCACCUGCACUUAUAUGCAUCUGUGAACAUGACCAUACAGGCCUACAGACGAGAGGAUGGACAUUAUAGGAAUCUUUUUUGUAGAAGCAAUUUUACACGCACUCAUUAUGUAAGUCUCCCAUUGGACAAAAAAGAAUAAAUAGAUUAUCUUCA